CCCCGGCUUCCUGCUCAUUAGCAGCUCAGCUAGUAAGAAGACAGAGAGGAGAGGGACAAAUUGGGAAUAAUGAUAAUUUGAAUCCCUUGAAACUCUCUUUGACAGCUCCGCUUCCGUCCCCUCCAUUUCCCCAUUCCCAUUUCCUUCCCAAUCCAAUAGUACUACUACUCCUCCUCCCUCCUUCCCACCACCAUCGCCAUCACAUUGCAUUGCUCCCUUUCCCUACCAUUUCCUUUCUCAAUCCAUUCAUACCGACCAGACACCACCACCGAAAGGAAAAAGAAGAAGGAAGACGACAACAGCGACUGAAAGCCCAGCUCAAAAACCACCACAAUCUUGGAAGCGGAUUGAAGACGAGAGCACCAGCAAGAAACAGCACGCAUUGUUUGGAUUGGAAAUUCAGCUCGGGUCUGUUGAUUCCGAGCUUCGAUUAGAAAGAAAAUAUUUUAAAACGCUGCAGAAGGGAAGCGUAAUGUCGGGAUACGUAGGAAUUCUUGUUUCAGAUCCAUGGCUCCAGAACCAGUUCACUCAGGUGGAGCUCCGCAGCUUGAAGUCUCACUUCAUGGCCAUGAGGAGGGAGAGCGGGAAGCUGACGCUCAACGACUUGGCCUCGCUGAUGUCCAGAUUGAAAGUCGUGGGAGAGAAUUUGACGGAGGAAGAGCGAGCUUCUUGUAUUCAGGAUUUGUAUAAGAAUCUGGAUGAGGAGGUCGAUUUCGAGUUCUUUCUCAAGGUGUAUCUGAAGCUCCAUGCACAUGCAAGUGCCAGAACAGGAAGUGUUGCAAAGAACUCAUCAGCAUUCCUCAAAGCUGCCACCACCACAUUACUUCACACCAUCAGCGAGUCUGAAAAGGCGUCAUAUGUUGCCCAUAUCAAUAACUACUUGGCUGAGGAUAAGUUUUUGAAACAAUACCUUCCCAUUGAUCCUGCAACCAAUGAUCUCUUUGAGAUUGUCAAGGAUGGCGUCCUUCUAUGUAAGCUUAUCAAUCUGGCCGUUCCUGGUACAAUUGAUGAAAGGGCCAUUAAUACUAAGAGAGUGCUCAAUCCGUGGGAAAGAAAUGAGAAUCAUACCCUCUGCCUCAACUCUGCUAAGGCUAUUGGUUGUACCGUGGUCAAUAUAGGCACCCAAGAUUUCAUUGAAGGAAGGCGCCAUCUUGUGGUUGGAUUGAUUUCUCAAAUUAUCAAGAUUCAACUCCUGGCGGACCUCAACCUUAAGAAAACACCUCAGUUGGUGGAGUUGGUUCAGGACAGUCAGGAAGCGGAAGAGUUGAUGAGUCUACCUCCUGAGAAGAUCUUAUUGAGAUGGAUGAAUUUUCAAUUGAAGAAGUCGCCAUUCAAGAAAACAGUCACAAAUUUUUCUUCUGAUGUGAAGGAUGCAGAGGCUUAUGCUCACCUUCUAAAUGUACUUGCCCCUGAGUGUAGCAAUCCCUCUACACUAACCGUGAAAGAAGCUUUGGCUAGAGCGAAGUUGGUUCUUGAACAUGCUGAUAGAAUGGGCUGCAAGAGAUACUUGACGGCCAAAGAUAUUGUUGAAGGUUCCCCAAAUCUUAACCUGGCCUUCGUUGCCCAUGUUUUUCAGCAUAGGAACGGGCUAUCGACCAAAACAACACAGAUAAGCUUUCUUGAAACGUUGCCUGAUGACACCCAAAUCUCCCGAGAAGAACGGGCAUUCCGAUUGUGGAUGAACAGUCUUGGGAAUUCGAGUUAUAUUGACAACGUUUUUGAAGACCUUAGAAAUGGGUGGCUUCUUCUGGAGACCCUUGAUAAGGUGUCACCCGGAAUCGUAAAUUGGAAGAUUGCAAAUAGACCACCAAUCAAGUUGCCCUUCAGAAAAGUGGAGAACUGCAACCAGGUUGUGAAAAUAGGGAAACAACUAAAAUUUUCCCUUGUUAACAUAGCCGGAAACGACAUCGUACAAGGAAACAAGAAGUUGAUACUGGCCUACUUGUGGCAGUUGAUGAGGUACAACAUCCUCCAGCUUCUCAAGAACUUGAGAUUCCAUUCUCAUGGUAAAGAAAUCAAUGACGCCGACAUCUUACAAUGGGCGAAUGGCCGAGUCAGCAGCUCGGGAGGUCAAGCUCGUAUGAAUAGCUUUAAGGACAAAAGCUUGUCAGAUGGCAUUUUCUUCCUUGAGCUGCUUAGCGCCGUUCAGCCUAGAGCAGUAAAUUGGAGUCUCGUAACUAAAGGCAUAACAGAUGAAGAGAAGAAGAUGAACGCCACAUACAUCAUCAGCAUAGCAAGAAAGCUAGGAUGUUCAAUAUUCCUACUUCCCGAGGACUUGACAGAGGUGAAUCAAAAGAUGAUCCUAACGUUGACGGCAAGCAUCAUGUAUUGGCACUUAAAGCAACCUUCAGAGGAGAAACCAGCAGCGGGAACUUCAGACAGCGAAACCAUCUCGAACUCGACAUUGGAUGACUCUGCAUCUGAGUCCUCCCUGGAAGACACUGCCAAUCUAUAAACAGAUCCAACCAACCGAGAAUUACCGAAACAACAAAGAAGCUAGUGUAUCUGUAACAAAAACAUGUUUGUCCUGAGUUUUGUUUCCUUUGGGUUCAUCUUUUGAUUUCCUUAAAUUCGUUUGGGAAAAAGAAAAUCUAUUUAUGGUGAGUGGAAUGUUGUGGCGUUACCCCAAUUUUUGCCAAAGCAAAACUUCAUUAUAUGUCGAGUAUAGUUAUUUAUUGUUCAUUCCUUGUCCAUGUAUAUAUGUAAGGGUUUCUGUUUAUGAAAUCAGAAUGGUCUUCUAGAUUUUGUCUUAUUUUACUGGCUGUGGCAAAACUGGACUUGAGAAUAUUUGUAUACUAGAUUUGGGGAGUGGAUCCAUACAUAACCCAUUUAUGUU